AAGGCCUCCCCGUAAUGUAGUCACAACAAGACGCACGAUCGAGCUCAAACUCACAUAGAUAGUGGCUACUGCUUGGGCGAUCAAAAUGGAAGGCGGCGGUGUCCAGAUCAUCUCUCGGCGCAUGGUCAAGCCGGAGUAUCAAAGGAGCUCACCGCCGCCGGAGCCUGAGACCGUCCACCUGACGCCAUGGGACCUGCAGCGGAUUACCAUGGGCUACAGCCAGAAUGGCGUCCUCCUGCCGAAGCCUCCGGCCAGCAUGCACGCCGUCGAACACCUCGCGUCGUCCUUCGCGCGCGCCUUGGGCCGCUUCCACCCCCUUGCCGGCCGCUUCGCCGUCGCGCCGGCGGGCAGCGGCGACGGCCUGACGAUCUCGCUCCGCUGCGGCGACCAAGGCGCCGAGUUCGUCCACGCCGCGGCGCCCGGGGUCGCCGUGUCCGACAUCUCCGGCCCGCUCCGCGUCAUCCCGCGCGUCGCCUGGUCUUUCUUCCCUCUCAACGGGAUGCUCAGCACGGACGCGGCCGCUGACCCCAGCCGGCCGCUCCUGGCCGUGCAGGUCACCGAGCUCGCCGACGGCGUCUUCGUCGCCAUGUCGCUCAGCCACGCGGCCGCCGACUGGACGACGUUCUGGGACCUCUUCAACACCUGGUCGGAGAUCAGCCGAAACAAGAGUGACAUGUCCACAGCGGCGCCACUCGAGAGGUGGUUCCACGACGGCUGCCCCGUGCCGAUCCCUCUACCCUUCGCCAAGGUGCAGGACAUGGCCAGGCCGUUCGAGUACCCGCCGGUGCAGGAAUGCUCCAUCCGUUUCUCCCCGGAGAGCAUAAAGAAGCUCAAGGAGAAAGCGAACGCCGAGAUGGCCGGCACGGCCACGGCCACCAUCUCCUCGCUGCAGGCCCUGCUCGCGCACCUAUGGCGAGCGGUGUGCCGCGCCCGGGGGCUGGCGCCGGACGUGGAGGCGAAGCUCACGCUCCCCGUCGGAUGCCGGACGCGGGUGAAGGGUAUUCCGCAGGCAUACAUGGGCAACGCCUUGACAAGUGGGGUUGCCAGGCACCCCGUCGGCGAGAUCCUGGGCGACGGCCGGCUGGGCCGGACGGCGCGGCUUGUGAAUCGUGCCGUGGCCUCGGUCGACGAGGCGAGCGUGAGGGCCGAGCUCGCGGCUUGGCCUCACAACCCCAGCUUCAGCCGCGUGGCCGUGGGUGGCUGCGGUGGGGAUCGUGCGGCGGUGAUGAUGAGCGGCUCGCCGCGGUUCGACGUGUACGGCAACGACUUUGGCUGGGGCAGGCCGGUGGGCGUCCGGACUGGACCCGGGGACAAGGAGGACGGGUUGAUCACGGUUUUCGAGGACGGCGGAGGGGCCGGGGGCAUGGAAGUGGAGGUGUGCCUCGCUCCUGACGUUCUCGCCAGGCUCGUCGCCGACGAAGAGCUGAUGAGCACGUCCGUCUAGGAGUAGGAGGGCAUAGAUGAUGGCGGCGGAGGUGUGCCUCGCCGACGGAGAGUCUGGUUCCGGUGCUUUAUUUUAUUCCUUUAAAUGUCGUGUCUGUGCUGUAGUAAUUAAUAAUUCUGAUGCCCAGCGUGAGGUUGCACUUUUGUGUCUGUUACGUCUGCAUAUUAAAAU